AUGGCGGCCGCCUGCCUCCUCCUGCUGCUCCUGCCGCUCCCGUUUGCGGCUCAUCCAGCGAGCGCCGCGCCAUCCUCCUCGUCAUCCUCCUCCUCCUCCGUUGUGUUCCGACUCCAGGGCGACGUCUAUCCCACCGGGCAUUACUAUGUCACUAUGAACAUUGGGGACCCGGUGAGGCCCUACUUCCUUGACGUCGACACCGGCAGCGACCUCACCUGGCUGCAGUGCGAUGCUCCUUGCAAAAGUUGCAACAAGGUGCUGUACGAUCUCGUGCCGCAUCCAUUGUACAAGCCAACAAAGAGCAAGCUUGUGCCUUGCGCAGACCCACUCUGCACAGCACUGCUCGGCUCACAGAGCCCUAGCAACAACAAAUGUCCCUUACCGCAGCAAUGUAAUUACCAGAUCAAGUACACGGACACAUCAUCUUCCCUCGGCAUGCUUGUCACUGACAACCUCGCAUUAACCUUGCGGGAUUCAUCCCGUGUGCACCCUAGCAUUGCGUUCGGCUGUGGUUAUGACCAGCAGGUGGGGAAGAAUGGCGCGGUGCAGGUGGCGACAGACGGCUUGCUGGGGCUUGGGAGGGGAUCAGUUAGCUUGGUCUCGCAGCUCAAGCAGCAAGGGGUCACCAAGAAUGUUGUUGCUCAUUGCCUCAGUAAAAAUGGAGGAGGUUUCCUCUACUUUGGGGAUGAUAUUGUGUCUACCUCGCGCGUAACCCAUUUAUUGCUGCCAAAGUAUAUCUUGGGGUUUUCUCUAGUUGUACCAAUUGGUCUUCGUUGGUAUUCAGUUGAGUGGCUGAUCACCAGUGACAUGGCGUGA